AUGGGUAUGAACGAAAUGCGUUUGAGCUAUGGCGGUCCCAUCCUAAAUGGUAUAUGCAUCGCGUUCUCGUUGAAGAUUGUGCUAGCCGACAAGGAUGCUGUGCUCGUGGAUGUGGCUGUUGUCUUGACCGUAAGAUCGAUCCUACGCGGAGGCUUGGAGUUGGACAUUGUACUCUCGAAUGUGGGUGUUGUCGGCGAGCUCGAGGCUUUGACGUCCCCAAAGAAGAUAGGAGAUUGUUGA